UAGUAAAAAAAUAAUUUGGUGUAGCUGUUUCUCACAAGAAAUACAUUAUCCUGAAUUCGGUGUAGUGCAUUAAUGGAAUUGGGCCGUUGCACAAAAUUAUUUUCGCAUUUGUGUAAUUCUUCUUUCUUAAGGCGUCCAAAAUAUUAUAUAUAAUAUGUACAUACGUGGUAUUCUCAAUACGAAACAACUAUGUCAAAUUAUUUUUUUUCUCCUGGGAUGUUUUUCAACUUGAAUCUCUUAAUGUUUACUGUAUAAAAGUACAAAUUGAUAUGUUUUUAGAAAUGUCUGCUGCUAUCGUGGAAUGUCUAGAUGAAAGUUUUUUCAAAGUUCGAUUUUCAAAAGAAAAGAAUCGAUCAUUUUUCACCACAAAACUUAUUAAAAAAGGCAGUAUUGUAAUAGAAUAUGUUGGUGAGGUGAUAACUGAUGUUAGAGAAAUGCAAAAUCGUGAAAUUUCUUAUGCCAACGAUAAUUUAGGGUGCUUCCUCUUAUAUAUUUCGUUCCAAGGAAAAAAAGCUUUCAUUGAUGCCACCAAAGAAACUGCAUUUAAAGCAAGGUUAAUUAAUCAUUCAAAAAAACCUAAUUUGGAACCGUUUAAAAUAAUUAUCGAUGAAGUACCUACAGUUUUCUUCAAAGCAAAAAAGGAUAUUGAUCGUGGAACGGAACUUUUGUGGAAUUACGGUGAUAGGAGGAAAGCCAUUAUCAAGAAGUAUCCUUGGCUGAGAACAACAAAAUCAGAAGGAGUUUCAAAGGAACAGACAAUACUUUUAAAGGAUCUAUACGUAAAAUUAGAUAAGUCAGAAAUUACUACUUCAUAUUGUAGACGUAGUAAUGAUAGUAAAAGCCUAAAAUCAGAAAACAGUUGGCUAAAUAAAACGGUUAAUUCAUUUCAAAGCUUGGAAUUGAACAGUAGUAAACAUUCUACACCACUUCAAAGAUCAAAAGAAGAUGUAAAUAUGAAUGUUUCAAAAGAUCAAUUGAUACACCUAAAAGAUGCAUACGUAAAAUUAGAUAAGUUAGAAAACAAUAGCAUUAAUAAAACCCUCAAUUCAUUUGGAAGCUUUCAAAUAAACAGUAAUAAACAUUCUACACCAAUGAAAAUAUCAAAAGAAGAUGAAAAUAUUAAUGUUUCAAUUGAAGCGUCAAAACAUCUAAGAGAAUCAUUUGUCGCCUUGGAAAGAUUGUCUAACACAGAAAACGAAUCAAAUUGCACCAGCGCUGCCCGAAGUGGAGCAACUGAGAUUAUGGAUCUACUGGGGGAUAGUUGGCUCAAAAACUCCUUGGACAGUUCAAAUCAAUUAAUUAAUCCUUAUUCUGAUACUUCCACUCCUCGCUAUGAAGAAUUUAAAGAUAUACAACUUCGAUCACAUAUGAUAUUGAACCAAGAUUGUUUGGCACCAAUGAUAGAAAUGAAAAACAGAAGAAGUCAAGAAACGGGUACAAUAAUUAAAACUAACCUUCCCAAGAAAAUAGAUUACGUGAAUGAAAAGGUUAGUAAUGAAGUUACUUCAAUUGUCUCCACCGAACAGAACCCUUCUGAACGUCAAAUAUCAGUUGAUUUAGUUCCUGAAGAAGCAGUUUUCACUAACGACAACAACGAUUUUGUAUUACCCCAAACUUGUAAUUUAUCUUCAAGUGAUUCCAAAGAAAUUGUAAAUAUUAAUGAAUAUGAAUUCAUAAUCCUAGAACAGAAGCUGACAGAUAUCAUGAUCGAUGACUUAGAAAAAGGGUUAAAUUAUAUAGAUGUUAAUAAUAAUAAUAAUAAUCCAGAGUGUAAUUCACUAAAUAUUGAUUGUAACCCGAUUGAUAGCUCUAAAUUUACAGAAUUCUCGACAAACAGUUCCACGAUUAACGAAAACAAUAUAAACGAGACUUACACAAUAACUCCAAAGCCUCAGAUGCCCAAAAUUGUUGAAAUGGUUAUACUCCAACCAGGAGAUCCACUUUAUGAUAUUAAAAAUCUUGGAAAAAAAUUUACAUUACUAGAUGCUUAGGCAAGCAACAG